AUGGGCAUCCCCCUCACAGGCACUACACCCUUGGGCAGGCGUUUGCCUCAGCCUUUCUCCCCUGUCAACUCCUGUAGCUGCCGCUAUGCACGCAUCCAGCUCUCCAGCCCUCCAUCCACCAUCCCUCCAUCCCUCCACCCAUCCACCCCAUAUCCACCCGCCGCACGGGGCGCGGGAGCACGCGGCCGCCAGAGGACAAUAGGCGCGAACAAUGGGGCGCGAGCGGGCGGGAACAAUGGGGCGCGCUGCCUGGGAGCGCGCGGGGGGGUGUCCGGAUAUCCAAAGGGAGAGGGGGCCGGAUACGCCCCGCUGAAUCCCGCGCGGGGCCUCGGCGCCACCCGAGCUCUGCGCGUGGAGGCUGUGGCGCCCAAGGAGCGUCCUGGGGACGCGCUCCCGGCGCCGCUCCCGGGCUACCCCACUGAAUUCCCCAAGGGAAUGAGGGCAGCUAGUGAGUACCGGCUACGGGGCGGCAACCGUUUUGCAAAUAAAGGGAUUUGUGAGCCUGUAGGGCCGCGUUACACCGGAUUUAUCGAGCAGAGUAAAGCGCGAUUUAGGCUACAGACUGGGAGCGACGCGUUUCGUUCAGAUGUGAACUGUCCGCCCUGGCGGAUGUUCCCGCGGGCUGCUCCACUAGAUUCUGCGAAUACUCAUCAGCAAAAGGAUGUCAAAGAUCACAAAGGGAAAAAGAGAACAAAUAAAUCAACAUUUAGUAAAGAAGAUAAAGAAGGUAUAAUGAAACAAGCCCUGCUAGACCAGCAUAACCCUGGGAGAAAUGCCACGUAUGUCCAAUAUCGAGACUUGCUGAAUAAGAAAGUUCAAAACCAGAGAAUUCAGAUUCAAAUGUCUGAUUGUAGGCUCAAACAAAAUCUUGAACAGCAAAGAAGAAAAAAGUGUAUCCGUGGACACCAAGUGCCAUACUGCAAAUUGUCUCACGAUGCUAAGUACCUCGAGUCUAUUCCUCAGUCCUGUAAUUACCUGAUAAUAGGACUGCAGAAUGAACUAAUCAGACAGGGGGUCUUAAAGAACCAACAGGACUGUGAAGACUUUUGGAAACUGAUUCCCCAGAGCAGUCCCAGUUCACAGCUCAAAGAAAAGCUUGAGGACAUCAAAUCAAAGAUGAUUGCUUCCAAACGUUUGCCUCCCCGUACCUGUCUAAGAACUGAUACAGCAGAGCCAACUGAUGUUUUUCGAAGUCGGAAACAUGAGAAACUGAAAAAAAACUCAGCCAAUGUGACAGGAUCAGUGUGCUGCCAACCUCCACUUCAUCAUCCAAGUAAACACACAAAGUCCCCAAAAGAAACUGAGCAAAUAUUUCCUAAGCUGCAAUUUUCUAGGCUCUCUGAAUUGCAGAAAAGACCUGAAGAGUUGGUCCAAACUGAGGAGGAGAACAGAAUUCCUAAAAGGAGUAAGACUUAUUUCCAAUACAGGAAGCAUCUUUUUUACUUGCAUCAUAUAUAUCAUCUUGCCUUUCUUAAUAUGGCAUCAUCUAAGAGACGGCUGGAGCAAAACAACCAGUUUGCAGCUAUUGAAAAUGAACACAGUGUCCGCGAUCUGAUGAAUUAUUUAUUUCCAAGUGAACACAAAUCACCAUGUGCCAUUGACAGAGAGACGGAGGAAAACACAUUUCCAAACUUGGCAGGAAGGAAGCAGCAAGAACAUGGUUGCAAAAGAUCCUCCAAAGCACGUAGCGCGGCUCGGAGCCGUCGUGGCUGCGCGUGUCGGCGGCUUUCCUGGGUGAAGCCUCUCCCUAGACGAGCGACAGGGCACAAAUUUGAGCCUCUUGUAACGGACCGGGCUCUUGCCGAGAUUGGGAGACAACGGCAGGAACUGAGUGCGGACAAGCAGGCUGAGAUCAUGCUGAACUCCCUGCACAAGUACGAGCCCAGGAUUCACAUCGUCCGAGUGGGUGGCCCGCAGCGGAUGAUCACCAGCCAUUCCUUCCCGGAGACACAGUUUAUAGCGGUGACAGCAUACCAGAAUGAGGAGAUCACAGCUUUAAAAAUUAAAUACAAUCCAUUUGCGAAGGCAUUUCUUGAUGCAAAAGAAAGAAGCGAUCACAAAGACAUGAUGGAGGAAGUGGGAGACAACCAACAGUCUGGAUAUUCCCAAUUAGGCAGUUGGCUGAUUCCUGGGAGCGGGGCUCUGUGCCCCCCUGCCAACCCUCACGCUCAGUUUGGAGCCCCGCUGUCGCUCUCCCCUGCUCAUGGCUGUGAGAGGUACUCAUCGCUGAGGAACCACCGCUCGGCCCCCUACCCCAGCCCCUACACCCAUCGGAACAACUCACCAACAGCCUAUACCGACAAUUCCUCUGCCUGCCUUUCCAUGCUCCAGUCCCAUGACAACUGGUCCAGUCUAGGAGUUCCCACACACACGGCUAUGCUGCCCAUGAGUCACAGCACUGGCACAGCUACCAGCUCCAGUCAGUACCCCAACUUGUGGUCCGUGAGUAACAGCACCAUCACGCCGGUGUCGCAGUCGAGCGCGAUGUCGAGCGGCCUGAGCCCGCAGUUCCUGCGGGGCUCCCCAGCGCACUCCACGGCCCUCCCUCACGCGGCGGCCGCCGCCGCCUCCGCGUCGCCGCUCUACGACGGCGGCGCCGGCUCGGACCUCCCCGACAGCCAGUACGAGGCCUCCGCGCACGCGAGGCUGGCGUCCACGUGGACACCCGUCACCCCGCCGUCCAUGUAG